AAUUCUUUUUCGGUUGUUUGCUUAUUUAUAAAAAAAAAUAAGUAUCGGCCUAUUAUUUUUUCUAUCCAACUCCUUCUUUGUUAAUAUUUUUAUUGUCAUCUCUAUAAAAUCUUUUGCUGGUGAUGGUUGAUUACUUUUUUUUUUAACCGACAAUUUAUUCUCGUUGUAAGCGAUUUUAUUUUUUCGUCGUACAUUUAGUGACGAUGGAGUGUUUUCAACUAAAAGUAUUUAAAGAUAAAUUUUUAACGAAAAAAAAUGCGUCAUUAUAAUUUAAAGUAAUUCUAUGAUAAACACCAUAAAAAAUAAAAAAACAGCCUCAUCAAGAAGUAGUGACACCUGUAAUUAACUAGAGUCGAAUAAUUACAAUGACAAUGGAUGUUGCAAUAAAUACUUUUGAUAGUUGGUUAUCAAAAAAAUUGCAAGCAUUAAAUACUGAUGAAGGAGUUUUUGGAGCUUACAUUAGAGGAAUUUUGGAAGGUGAUGAAACUGAAGAUGAAAAAACCGAAGCUCUUGAAAGUAUAUUAUCUGGUAUAACGAUUGCAGUAAAUUAUUUAUUUCAGAAGGAUAAUUCUACAUUGCAUGUCGUUGAAAUUGAAAUUCAGGAAAAUAUCGAUACUCAUGUUGCUGAAAUUUUCGCGGCAUGGAUAAAAUGGCUUCCAACACAAGACAUGGUUGAAACAGUCACUCCCAUAGAAGAUGUUGACGUAAGAUUAGCUCGAAUGUUAGAAUCACAAAGCAUAGCAACAACUACUCAGAGAAUUUAUACUGCUGAGGAACGACGAGUACGUGAAGCUGUUUUGGCCCAAUACAGUCAAAUGUCUGUUGAUGAGAAAAGUGAUGAUGAAGACCAAGAAAAUGUUGUUAUAAGUGAUGAUGGCCUGGAAAAAAAUAUGAACGCAGCUAAUAUUGCUCAACAAGAAAAAGACAAAAGAGAAAAAGCCAAAUUAGACAGCCAAAAAAAGAAAGAUAAAGACAAAGAAGAUCGAGAAAAACAAAAACAGCUGAAAGAUGAAAAGAAAGAGAAACGUAAAACUCAGAAAGGAGAGCGACGGAGGUAACAUCUGAAAAGGAUUCAUAAUAAUCUGGAAAUCAUAUAAGCGAGCAUCGCUAUAUAUAACAUCAUGUGGAUUUUCUUUUGUAUUAUAAUUGUAGAUAUGCAUUUAAAAGCUAGAGGAAUUUUACAAAAAAUUAGUAGGUGGACUUUUUUUUUUUAUUAAUGUUAACUGAUCAGUGAUCAUCAAAUAUGCAAAUGAUGUUAUUUAUAAUUGAACUAGAACUUUUUAUCAAUAACCGCGCAGGCUUUAGUUGGAUCCGAACCCGGGACUUUAUACACGAAAGUCUGACACUGUUAAAAAUUUCGGUUGUAAUUUUACAAGAAAUGAGUUGAAAGCUAGUAGGCAAAACAUUGAGCUCCCUGUUAAAUUUAUAGAAAAUGUCGUAUAAUCUAUUAGGUUCUCAUACAUUCUCACAUCAGUUUUAUGAUCAAGUGCUAUAGUCAAGGCCUUAUAGAUUCAACUAUGAAAAUCUUUCGUUUUUUCUUUUUAAUCAAGCAGGACUAUAAUUCAAAUUGGGUACAGUAAAUAUCCAUAACAUUUUAAGGUACUUGUCUUAGACAUCCAACAUUAUGGUAUUUGUUUUAGAAUAGUACAAAAUAAUUAUAGAAAUAUCACUAAAUAUUUUUCGAGACUUAGUUUAUCAUUUUUGCAUUGAAAGUAUUCUGAUUUUACAAUAUAAAUUUUAUUUAAUCAUUUUAGUGAUAUAAGAACAAAGUAUUGUAAUUCUACAAACAAUUUUAGAUCAGUCUAGCUUGGAAAAAUACAGUACUUUUAUUGAAUCUUACAUAGCAUUAUGAUUUUUAAUUUUUGCGAGCAAUUUCACAAUACAAUAUUAUAGUUUUAUAAACAAUUUCUGAUCAUGCUAAUGAGGAAAAUUACAAUUAUUGUA